UUUGGAGUUGAGAUUCGGGAAGACGAUCCGAUGCGUCGGAUCCGCCAUUUUCUCCCUUCAAAUGGCGACGUAUAUGGCGAUCGUGGUGUAUGCUCCGGCUCUGGCGCUCAAUCAAGUGACGGGGAUCAGCGUCUACUUGGCCGUGUGUCUCAUGUUCGGCGUGUGCACCUUCUACACCGUCUUGGGAGGAAUGAAGGCGGUAAUCUGGACGGACACGAUCCAGGUGAUGAUCAUGUACGGCUCCCUCAUGCUCGUGAUCUUCAAGGGAGUCAGCGAC